GACGUGUUGAUAUAUGGAAGAAAGCAAUCAGAGGUUGAAGUUGCAGUAUUGCUACUAUUGUCUGCUGUGGUGUGUGUGUGCAUAUGAGCCGCAUGCCAGUAGAUGAGGAAGCCAAGCUGUGUAUGCGUGUCAGUGUGUGUUCGUUUAUGUCUGUUGACAGUUGCAGGCGGGUCUUUUAAGAUGAAACCUGUUUGUCUUGCUUAAAGACCUGAGUGGCGGUCCUCUCCUCAGUCACAUCCUGCCGAGCAAACAGCAUGGACUGAUAACUGUGUGCUGAAACCCGUCGCACAAUUUCAACAACACACGGAGGUCAGACACCUGCCAAAACACCUGCCUGAUGGAUCCUGAGGUUUAGUCGAAAUGGAUUUUUCAAUGCCAUUGUGACAGAAACACAAGGAUCAUGCCAUCACACCGCAGGGGAAAGAGUCUCUCUGAGGCUUUCACCCUGGACCAAUUAGAUGAGGGGGGGCUGGUCAUUUCCGGCAUCAACAACAGUGCCUCAGCCAAUCAGGGACUCAGGGAAGGGGAUGAAGUUGUGGGGGCAACAAUCAAUUUUGAUGAUCUAUCGAAAGAGGAGGUGUUGCAAGUGCUGAAGCUGAUGGAGCCGUUUGAUGACAAAUUCCGAGUCCUCACCAGGAACAACCUGAGCAAGAGCCUCGGAAAUCUGGACCAGUGUUCCAGGGGUCCUGACAUGAUGCUAAAUGAUUCCUACAACAAACUCUACAAUACCAAAAUCAAGAAGUUUAUGAAAGGUAACUUGCCGGGUGCUGUGGAUGGCUGUGUGAAUGCGGAAGUAACCACCAAGCCAACUGUAUCAGGCUCAUCCAAGGUCAGCCUGAAACAGAACAUGGGGUUGCCUCGCCUUGGGGUGGACUUUGGACUUCAGAAAACCAAGACUUCAAGUACAGACAUUGAUGAUGAUUUCCAAUCUGAUGAUGCUGGGGAAUUAACAUAUGGCAGGAAUCUAAACCUUCCACCGUUGAGUGGGAGUGUUCAGGAACCAAGACUGAAGGUCAAUGCUAGAAGUCCACAGCUUAAGGCUCCAGACUUUCAUCUAUCUGGAACAUUACCAGAGGGUCCAAAUGCCAACACUACAGCUGGUAUACAACUGCCAAACACUAAUAGUCCAUCAGCUGACAUGGGGAUAAACCUUGAUGGGGGAAAUAUCACUGGUCCAUCCUUUGACACUGGUGUUCCCAAAAUGAGCAUUGAAGGAACAAACAAAGAAUUCAAAAUGCCAAAAUUCAAACUGCCAGACCUGGGCCUCUCUGAACCUUCUUAUAUUGGUCCAGAAUGUGAGGUCAAGACACCAGAUGUAGGAGCUCCAGAUGUUUCCUCUGGUAAACUCAGUCUCAAGUAUUCCAAGAGGCUGAAAACCCCAGAUCUAAAUGUUGACAGCCUUUCUGGUUAUGUAGAAUCACCCAAGCUCAGGAUGCCUGGGAGAUCCCAUGACUUAGACCUAGAAAUUCCAGGUGUUGAUGUAUCACAGCAUGAUCUAAGUGGGCAGGACAUUGACAUGCCUUCAGGGGAAUUCAAACUGCCACUUAAGACAUCAAAGUUUGAUCUUAAAUCUCCGGAUUUAGAUUUGGAUGCUGGUGACCUAAAAGGACCGAAUUUAGCCCUUAAAGGUCCAUCUGGAAAAUUUAAGGCUCCUAAGUUUAGAAUGCCUGAAUUUGAUUUACCAGACAUUCAUGUUCCAGGUUUUAAUGGUGAUUUAGUGGGGCCAGAUGAGCGGUUGGCAGCACCAGAUCUCAAAGUUGGAACUGCAGACCCAAAUGGUGACUUAAAUGUACCCUCAACUGACUUGGAUAUUGCAAGCCCAUCUGAAAAACUCAAAAUGCCAGGCUUUGGGCUAUCUGUGCCUAAAGUUAAAGGCCAUGAAUAUGAUUUAAAAACUCCAGGCAUGGAUGUAUCCGCUCCCAAGUUUGAAGGGGGCAUCAAUUUACCUCGUGUUGAUUGGAAAGACCCCAAACUUGACCUUAAUACGCCUGAUGUGGAUAUUAAUAUGCCUUCUGGUAGAUUAAAUAUUGAUGCAGAUGCUCCCUCUGGCAAGCUUAAACGGCCAAAGUUUAAGCUCUUUGGCACAUUACCAAAGAAAAAAGAUGUGGAUGUCAGUGCAGGGGUGAAAACACCUGAACUAACUCUGAAAUCCCCAAAGAUAAAAGGCAUAGAUGCUUCUGGCAUGAGUGUACCGAACAUGGAUCUCAAAGCUCCAAAUUUAGACCUCCACUCUCCAGAUGUAAACAUUAGUUCACCAAAGGCAAAAUUAAAGAUGCCCAAAUUAAAGAUGCCUAAAUUUAGUCGUCAAAGUCUAGAAGGACCUGAGAUUGAUGGUAAUUUGGAUGGUCCAGACAUGGAUAUUAAUGCACCCAAUGUCAAUCUCGAAGGUCCUAAAACCGAUUUAGAAAUGCCAGAUGUUGAUGUUGCUGGGCCAUCUGGAAAAUUCAAAAUGCCAAACUUGAACCUGCCUGAUUUGAGGCUUUCUGGUCCAAAGGUAGAUGGCCCUAACCUGGACCUCAACUCACCUGCCUUCAAUAUAUCUGGCCCUAAACUCAGUGGUGGAAUAAAUUCACCAGACAUAAAUACGCCCAAUGUUGAUCUUAAAAGGCCACAACUGGACCUCAAAAUGCAAAAGCCCAACUUAGACAUGCCAAAAGGUAAACUGAAAAUGCCAGAGCUUCAUGCUCCAGACUGGGAUGUUGAUGCUCCGUCAGGAAAAUUGAAAUCUCCUAAAUUCAAUCUUUCAGGUACUUUACCAAAAGGACCAAACAUGGACAUUAACACAGAUCUGAAAUCACCAGACUUUAGUCUGAAAGCUCCUAAGAUAAAGGGUGGAAUUGAUGCCCCUGACUUGGACUUGCCUAAUAUGGACCUUAAAGCUCCCAAGUUCAAUGUGAAUACUCCAGAUGUCAACAUUGGAUCACCCAAAGCAAAAUUUAAAAUGCCCAAAUUUAAAAUGCCCAAAUUUAACGUCCCAAGCCUAAAAGGACCUGAGAUUGAUGGAAAUUUAGAUGGUCCAGAUGUUAAGGUAAAUGUACCCAAUGUUAAUCUUAAAGGUCCUAAAGCUGAUGUAGGAAUGCCAGAUCUUGAUAUUUCUGGUCCGUCUGGAAAAUUCAAAAAGCCAAAUUUUAACAUGCCUGAUUUUGGUCUUUCGGGUCCAAAGUUAGAUGGCCCUAACUUGGACCUGAAAUCACCUGACCUAGAUAUCUCUGGUCCCAAUCUCAGCGGUGGAAUAAAUGCACCAGACAUAAAGAUGCCCAAGGUUGAUCUUAAAAGCCCCAAACUGGACCUCAAUACCCCAAAGCUCAACUUAGACAUGCCAUCAGGGAAACUGGAGAUGCCAAAACUGGCAAAACCAAAGGCAGAGCUUCAUGCUCCAGACUGGGAUGUUAAUGCUCCGUCAGGAAAAUUGAAAUCUCCUAAAUUCAAUCUUUCAGGUACUUUGCCAAAGGACCAAACAUGGACAUUAACACAGAUCUGAAAUCACCAGACUUUAGUCUGAAAGCUCCUAAGAUAAAGGGUGGAAUUGAUGCCCCUGACUUGGACUUGCCUAAUAUGGACCUUAAAGCUCCCAAG